AUGGGUCCCUGUACGGCCUCCCAUUGCUGCUGUCUCCAUCGCCACACUCUGCCAUGUGCCACUUUCAGGUCUCCUCACACUCCUGCUGGUUUCCAUUUUGUCAUAGGUUGCUGUAUGGCCUCCCAUUGCUGCUGCCUCCACCGCCACACUGUGGCUCCAAACACUGGUUUUGGCCCCGUGACUGGCCAAAUGAGUGAAGUGUGCGGUGAUUCUAAGAUCGACGGCACUCAUCUGCAUGUCAUACUGACUGACAGUUUUAUUUCUCUUCCCCAGCAGACUCCAAGGGCAUUUAAAUUAAAGGUACAGUGUUCUGCACUAAUAUUA